UGUGCAGCAUGCGCGGCGUGGUGGUUGGGUAGUGGGUGUGUUCACCCUUUAGUAACUGAUAACCCCUCUCCGGUCCUCAGAGCGAUCACAGCGAGCGAUGGACACCGUCAGAGACCUGUUCCGCGGAGCGGCCACAUCCACAAACUCAUACUCCAUCUACCACGGAGUGGAUGACCAGGACGGGGCAGAACUUCAUGUGGAGGAGAAUCACGAUGGGUCACAUGACACGAUCAGCAAGAAGUCAUGGCAACCACAAGUCUCUCAGCAGUGUAAAAAAAUCCUCAUCGGGGUCAGCGUGACGGCGCUCGUAGCUUUCCUCAUUGGCAUCCUGGUCGCCUACGGAUCCUGCUCCAAAUGUAAAAACAAUGAGCCCAGUGAGGACUCGCCCUAUGAACGGCCGCAGAGUGAGGAACCCAGCAUCCUGCACUGGUCUGAUCUGAGGGACCUGUUCUACGCCUAUCUGAAAGAUGGAGAAGACAUGGAACGCAACAUCAGGAGAGCCAGCAGGUCGCCCCAUCCCACCGGAUCGGAUGAAAACAAGGAUCUGGCACAAUUCGUUCUCCAGAAUUUCAAGACUUACGGCCUGGAUCACACGUGGAUUGACAACCACUUCGUGGAACUGCAAUACCCAGACAGCCGCUCGCAGAACACCCUGAAAAUCAUGGAUGCGGACAACAAAACCGUGGAAGACAUUUUUAUUGACCGUAAUUUGUACUCUCCGUACAGCGCGACAGGGAGCGUGGUGGCCGGCCUGGUUUACGCAAACUUCGGCAGUAAAGAUGAUUUCAAAAUGCUGGAGGGCUUUGGGGUGAACGUCAGCCGUCAGCUGGUCAUCGUCCGGGCUGGAAAUAUUAACUUUGCUGAGAAGGUGUAUAACGCCGAGUCCGCGGGGGCCGCCGGAGUCCUGAUAUUUCCAGACACAAAGGAGGACACAGCUAUAUACGGCCACGUGCACCUCGGUAGCGGAGACCCGAACACCCCUGGCUUCCCAUCCUUUAAUCACACCCAGUUCCCCUCCUACAAAUCGGCGGGACUCCCCAAAAUCCCGGCCCAGCCAAUCAGCACAAGCAGCGCACGCAAACUGCUCAGUAAGCUCACGGGUGGGAAUCCUCCCAGCCUGUGGAACGGCCUCUCGUUCUCAUUGAGCGGUUUGGGUCCGGAGCUGCAGAGUCCUUCUCACCGGCUGCAGCUGGAGGUUCACAACGUGGCGCGCAGCGUGGAGCUCUUCAAUGUGUUUGGGAGCGUGACGGGGCGCAGCGAGCCCGAGCAUUACAUUGUGGUGGGAGCUCAGCGGGACUCCUGGGGUCCAGGGGCAGCCAAGUCUGCGGUGGGCACUGCCAUCCUUCUGGAGCUGGCACGUACCAUAUCAGUGAUGGUGAAAAAUGGUUUCCAGCCGCACAGGAGUCUGCUGUUUGUAAGCUGGGAUGCUGGAGAUUUCGGGAGCGUUGGCGCCACCGAGUGGUUAGAGGGGUACCUGAGCAUGUUACAUCUGAAGGCUGCAGCUUACAUGAGUCUGGACACUGCGGUUCUGGGAGAUGAAAUGUUUGUUGCAAAAUCCAGCCCCGUCUUCAAAAAGCUGAUAGAAUUUGUAAUAAAAAAGGUUGAUAACCCGCGCCGCAGUCAGCAAACCAUCUAUGACUUCAUCGUCUCACAGUAUAAGAGCGACUGGCAGAGCGAAGUUUUUCUUCCUCUGGCAAUGGACACGGACGCAUUUGCCUUCACUGCCUUCGGGGGGGUCCCUGCGCUGGAGUUUUCUUUUGUAGAGGAAUCGCAGAAGUACCAGUACCUGGACACCAUGAAGGACACGUACGACUCUCUGAACGCGGUGGUGAACGGGAGGCUGCCGGCGAUUGCCCUCAGCGUGGCGCAGGUGGCCGGACUGUCGCUGAUAAAGCUCAUCCACGACAAUAUCCUGCCCCUGGACUACACCGAGUACAACAGUGUGCUCCUCAAACACGUGCUGGAGCUCAGCAGGCACCAGCAGACCCUGAAGUCGCUGGGGCUGGAUUUCGAUUGGCUGUCCUCCGCGCGUGGGGACUACACCCGAGCGACCAAGAGCCUGAAGUCGGCCGUGAGUCAGUCGGACUUAAACAACGAGAAGAUGGUCCAGACGUUUAACGUGCGCAUCAUGAGGGUGGAAUUCUACUUCCUGUCGCAGUACGUUUCGGCCAUCACUUCUCCGUACCGCCACAUCCUCGUAGGCCGGGGGGAGCACACCGUCCAGGCCCUGUUAGACUGCGUGAGGCAGACUCCGGAUAAGAUCGACCCCGAAGACCUGCGCAAGAAGCUCGCCCUGUUCACCUGGACCGUGAAAGGGGCCGCCAACGCCCUGAGCGGGGAGGUCUGGGAGCUCCAGAAAAGCUUUUAGGCGAUCCAGGGGUCAAAGGUCACGCCAAUAAGUCCUGACACUGACCACGAACACUCUUUGGAACACACGAUGGGCAAUUUCUGGGCACAUCUGCCUCUGCCUACUGCUGUUGGGGCAAAUAGUUUGCCUCCAUGAGCAACAAGGGGUUAACACCCAACAGCGGCCGGUCUGUGGCAGUUGCUAAGCCCAUAAAUAGUUAAUCGGCACGAAGCCAGAACGUGUGUGUAUAAGGAGCAAUCGUGCUGCCGAGCAGUAAAAGUGGUGCAGUAGCCAUAGCAACCAACAAAACGUUUCCACUGAUUGCUGGUCUUU